GUUUACAAACAAACAGAAAGCUUCUUGUUUCAUUUAUGUAUUCUUUUAUUAAUCUUUACUUUCCAUUCAACUUACUUGGAUACAAUAUCCUAAACGUCCAAUGAAAUGUGUUUGCUUUAAGUUCCACAUUUUUUACCACUUUUAAACCACCCCAAAAACAGAAAACAGAGCAUCCUCUGUUUUAUUUUUUUGCCAGUUACUUCCUUUUCAUGCUCUGUUUUUUAUAAAAAAACAAAAAACAAAAAAAACAGAGCAAAUGGAGAAGCUUUUUACGAUGGGAUUUAUUACGGAAUUUUUUGUGGGUGCACAGUAUGACAUUGCAGGACAACUUAUGCUGAUCUGGGGUCAGAUCAGGGCGUCAUUAGUGGUGCCAUUUUUAACGAUUUUUAUGUAUAUUAAUCUGGUGAUGUCGAUAAUGCUGUUCACAGAAAAGGUUUACAUGGCUAUCGUGGUUGCAUUUAACAUGUUGUUCGGUCGAAAACCCGAAAAACGUUACAAAUUUGAACCAUUUGAAGAUGAUGUUGAGCUGGGUAACUCUGUUUACCCUCUUGUUCUUGUUCAAGUUCCAAUGUUCAAUGAGAGAGAGGUUUAUCAGCUUUCGAUUGGAGCUGCGUGCGGGCUUUCAUGGCCGUCUGAUCGCAUUGUGAUUCAAGUGCUUGAUGAUUCAACAGAUCCAUUAGUCAAGGGUAUGGUGGAAAUGGAGUGCAACAGUUGGAAAAGUAAAGGUGUAAACAUACACUAUCAAGUUAGGGACAACCGAAAAGGAUACAAGGCCGGGGCACUUAAAGAAGGGCUAAAGCAUGAUUACGCCAAACAGUGCGAGUAUGUGGCUAUUUUUGAUGCUGAUUUCCAACCGGAACCUGAUUUUCUCAAUCAAACUAUCCCGUUUCUUCAUCACAACCCUGAACUUGCUCUCGUUCAAGCUCGUUGGCAAUUCGUGAACUCAAAUGAUUGUUUGAUGACAAGAAUGCAAGAGAUGUCACUUGACUAUCAUUUUAAAGUGGAGCAAGAAUCCGGUUCUAUUACUUAUGCGUUCUUUGGAUUCAACGGGACUGCUGGAGUUUGGCGAAUGGCUGCACUUGACGAGGCAGGAGGAUGGAAGGACCGUACCACCGUAGAAGAUAUGGAUUUGGCAGUUCGUGCUAGUCUUAAAGGAUGGAAGUUCCUAUACAUUGGUUCACUAAGAGUUAAAAAUGAAUUGCCAAGUGUGUUGAAAGCAUAUCGUUACCAACAACACCGUUGGUCUUGUGGUCCCGCUAAUCUUUUUAGAAAAAUGACUAUCGAGAUCAUGAAAAAUAAGAGAGUGAAUUGGUGGAAGAAGCUAUAUGUGUUGUAUAGUUUCUUCUUUGUAAGAAAGAUCGUAGCUCAUAUCGUUACAUUCACACUCUAUUGUGUUGUGAUACCUGUAACUGUAUUAAUACCAGAAGUAAUUAUUCCUAGGUGGGGUACUAUAUAUAUUCCAACCGUCAUCACACUUCUAAAUGCAGUUGGAACUCCCAGGUCUUUCUAUUUGGUGGUGUUUUGGGUCCUCUUUGAGAAUGUCAUGUCUCUGCAUCGGACUAAGGCUACAUUCAUUGGCCUUUUCGAGACUCAAAGGGUGAAUGAAUGGGUCGUCACCGAGAAGCAAGGAGAUGCUUCCAAGGCUAAAGCAGCAACACAACGAAGUCAAUCUCGGUUUAGAAUAGGUGAAAGAAUUCUUAUGCUAGAGCUUUGCUUUGGGAUUGUCCUCCUUGGAUGUGCUUGUUACGAUCUUGCAUACGGGAAGUACCACUACUACGUUUACCUUUAUCUACAAGCUAUAGCCUUCAUCACAAUGGGUUGUGGUUAUAUUGGAACUCAAGUCCCGAGCUCUUAGCUAACAAUGUUCUACAAUUCUUUCAAUUGCACAUUUGAAUCAACAAUACACAUUCGACACUUGUGCUGCAUGCUUUCAUCAUUAGCUACACCAUACGAGCAUUGCUUGAGAACAUGCUAACUUUCUUUUGUAUAUUUCCAAUAAAAUAAAGAAAGUGGGAAACAAAGAAUAAAAGUAUGUGAUCAUGAAGAAAAUGUUAGGUGUGGCCUAUUACACAUAUACGGCCGUAAAUGUAUUAUUAAAUUAUUUGGAUUCAUUUUGUACGUAGUAUUGAUGUAUGUCUUUUUUGUAUUUUUAUAGUUCUAAUAAUAACUCUAUUUGUAAUUC